AUGUACCCUGCUGCAACUCACGCUCGCCGUCUGGUUGCCCUUCCCACCUUGCGUGUACCUGUGGAAAUUCCGGAAUGUGACGUCGGAGAUUUGCAUCUUGGAGGUUCCGGCGAAGGAGCCGUUGUUGCCGUUGUUUUGCGUGAUGGAGGGCCCCGCGUUGGAGCCGUGGAUGAGGAAGUUUUCGAAGAGGAGGUUGGUUACUUCGCCCCUGGUUUUGAGGAGGCGGUUUAGCGAGAGUUUUUUACUUUCUUUUAAAAUGUACUAGGAUGAAAUACGUAAAUAAAAGGGAGGCAACUCACAAUUCUCCACCCGUACCUCACUCACAUUCCACAGAUUAAACGGCAUCGGUCUCCCCACCCUCGUCACCGCUUCCUCGGCAUUGUACCAGGCAUUUCCAUUCCCGUUUAUGCCGCCGAUGCCGUAGCCGUUGAUGGCGAUGCGGGUGCCGGUGAGGAUGAAGUUCGUGGCGUGGUUUUGGAAGGUGAUCGGGUAAGAGUUGGUUCGCCAGUAGUCGAGGUCGUCUGAGAACUGGGUUUUGGUUUGGUUAGGUUUACCUUUUUUUAGGUGUGGGUUGUGGAAGUUGGAGGGGGAGUAUUUGAGGUGAGAGGGGGUGGGGAAUUGUUCUGAGCUUCUGGAAAGUGGGGAUGGAGGUGAUAUUUCCGUCGUAUGUGAUAUUGCUUUGGAGUAUUUGAGUAAUCAUCUCGAUUCUCCAAAUUCUCCAAAGACAGCAAUCUCAUCCCCUUCCCAAACUCUCCCCUCCCCCCAAAAAUCCCCCUCCAAAAAAGAAAAAAGAAAGUCACAACCCACACCCCCCUCCACCUAACCUCGACAUCCUCAACCACAGGAUUCAACCUCGUCGCAAUCCAAUACACCUCAUCCUGGGGGGAAAACCACGACACCCCCAUGAUUACACGUCUCAAACGCCUUCAAGAUCUGUGGUGCAUCGUCGGUUUGAUUCCUCAGCGCGUGGACGAUGCAUGUUUUUCCCUGGGGAUCUUUGAUGGGCGGGAGGGGAUUUUGGAGUUGUGCUUGGGCGUGAGUUUGUGUGAGGAAGGGGAGGAUGGCGAGAGAAAGGAGAGAGAGGCGGUGCAUUGUGGUUAUGGAGUGGGUUGGUAUGUUGAUUUUUGGAGCGGGGAGUGGAAGGGUAGUUAGUGUUAGGAGGAGGAGUGGUGAUCAUAAGAGGUAAAGAUAUUGCAUAAAACAAACAAAAUAAAAAAGGUAUCUAUCUAUC